UUCGAGAAUCUAAUUUCUGGAUUCCUUUUGCAAUAAAGGAUAUGCUCGGUGGGGCCAGCGAGACCUCCGCAGGAAUAAUGGAGUGGGCCAUGUCGGAGCUGAUGAGGAAUCCAAGAGUGAUGCGGAAGUUGCAAGAGGAGGUGAGGGAGACUGUCGGAGAAAAGGGAAAGGUGACGGAGAAGGACAUCAACGGAAUGAACUACUUGAAACUGGUCAUCAAGGAGACUCUGAGGCUGCACCCUCCUGUUCCUCUGCUGCUCCCCCGAGAGUGCCGGGAGACGUGCGAGGUUCUUGGUUACCAGAUACCAGAGAAGACGAGAGUAUUCGUGAACGUUUGGGCCUUGGGAAGGGAUCCUCGAUACUGGGACAGUCCCACUGAGUUUGAGCCAGAGAGAUUCGAGAGGAGGAAUUCCAUGGUCGACUUCAAGGGAACCAACUUUGAGUUCUUACCUUUCGGGGCAGGCAGGAGGAUAUGCCCAGGGAUGUCAUUUGGUUUGAAGAGCAUAGAGCUUUCCCUGGCUAGCCUUCUCUACAACUUUGAUUGGGAGCUCCCAUCGGGAAAUGAAGGGAUGCCCCAGGAGUUGGACAUGAGCGAGACCUUCUCCAUUACGUGCCGGAGGAAGUCAGACCUCUGCCUACGUGCCAUCCCUCGUAUUCCUUUCCGUAUGACUUGACCUUUACCCAAAAAUACGUGCAAUCGUAGUUGUUUCUUCAUGUAUGCACUUCUACCCAAUAGUCUUUACUUGUGUUGUUACAGAAAUUUGUUAUACUUCAUAUAGACAGUGUUGAUAAAGUGUAGGAGGCUCUUUCUUGUGAAGCCCUCUUAUGGGCUGUUUAGUAUAAUGAAAUAACUGUUUUGAUAUUUGAAAUAAUUAAAUAUUAUUGC